AUGGGUUCCCACCCUCCUUCUGUAUCUGUAACGCACCUUUCCUACACAUUCCCAAACUUCGCAACUGGGCUUUAUCACGUCUCGCUGAACCUGCCUCCGGCGUCACGGACUCUACUCAUUGGACAUAACGGGAGUGGGAAAACCACAUUGCUAAGACUUCUCUCUGGCAAGCGCCUUGCACCACCCGGCACUGUCAAAAUCGGCGGCUUGGAUCCCUUCAAAGAACAUACCGACGGCGUCACCUACCUCGGCCUAGAAUGGGUCCUAAACCCCAUUGUGCGCACCGACAUUGGUGUCAAUGAGCUCCUCAAGAGCGUGGGUGGAGACCAUUACCCGGAUCGCCGCGAUGAGUUGAUCAACGUCCUGGAUCUUGAUACAGAGUGGCGCAUGCAUGCUGUCUCUGAUGGCGAAAGGCGCCGCGUGCAAUUGACCAUGGGCCUAAUCCGACCAUGGCGCAUUCUGCUUCUGGACGAGAUUACAGUCGACCUGGACCUGCUCACACGGAGCAACUUCCUCGGCUUCCUCAAGAGGGAGACGGAAACGAGAGAGUGCACGAUCGUGUAUGCCACGCAUAUCUUGGACAACCUAGCGGAUUGGCCUACUCACCUAGUGCACAUGAGCGGUGGAAAGGUCAAGGACUGGGGUCCAGUUGAGAAGUUUGAAAUCGAGCGGACGACAGCGAAUACAGGGAAUAGCAGAUUAGGAGAGCUGGUCUUAAGAUGGCUGAAAGAAGACUUGAAGACCAGGGGCCCUCGGAGAAACCAAGGCAGCGAAGGCACGGCUUACAUGCAAAGUGGCAUGGGUGGAUAUGGAGCAGAGAAGUACCAAGACAAGGAGUAG